AUGGCUGAUCACGCUUACGUGGAGCACUUGACGCCGCUGGACCUGCCUAUGCCCAGGACCUACAUUCGGGCUCUCCUCGUUUUCCCAACGGCGAAUUCCAGCCCCCAAAUCACGCAGGAGCUCCAACGCGGCCUCGAGAGACUUUCUAAACAAGUACCCUGGGUCGCCGGACAUGUCUUUCAUACUACUCCAACCAACCAGAAAGCGUCUCUUGAAAUCCGAUACCAUGCAGCCAAGACACCAACCCUAGAGGAUAAAGGCCAGAUAACGGCCUCACACGCCAAUCUCUCUUCACAAGAUAUGCCCAUGAAAGCCAUCCCACCUGACGUGUGGCCAACACUCCCAUGCCUGUUCGGUAACAUCCCUUCCAAGACAGGGGGCCGCGUUUUCGCUGCCAGCUUCUUCCGCUUCGUAGAUCAUGGGGCCGGAUUAUGCAUCUGCUUGCAUCACAAUGCUGUCGAUGUAACUGGGUUCGCGGAAGUCGUUCGACUAUGGGCUAAGAAUGUUGUCCAACCAAGCCAAAACGAUCACUCUUACUUGUCACAAGGAAGUGGCGAUAGGCUCGUGCGGCUUUCCAAAGCUCUUGCGCCUGACCUGCAGGAAAUUUCAUCGCUUUCAUCGGAACGUCUCCUCGGACUGCACCCGGAACACUCAACACAACCACCCGUCCUACCUGAUACAUUUCCGCCAUGCACGUCCAAAGCAUUCAAGAUCUCUAUUCACUGGAUCGAUGUGCUUAAAGAGCUCCUCCAUAAAUACACACAGCGUCGAUUGACCACCAACGUUAUCCUCUGCGCGCUUAUAUGGACAUCAAUUACUCGUGUGCGAGCCCAACGCAACCCCACUCUCAGAGACCAAACAAGUCGCCUAGUAACAGCUAUUAACGGCCGAUCGCGUAUCACGGGGAAUUUAAACUCUGUGUCCGGGGAUCAACAGUACUUGGGAAACGUUGUGCUCUACGCCAUGGCAAGCUUCCCAUCUGCUAAUCUCGCCACGGCCGAGAGGAUCCAAUACGCUCACUGGCCACGAUAUGCGACUGUAUCUCAGAUUCGCAGUUGGGACUUGUUCGGGUCUCGUGAUUUUACCAUUACAAGUUGGGCAGAUUUGGAUCUAUAUAAUUUGGAUUUUGGGCCUUUGCUUGGGAAACCGGAGUUUGUUAAGUUGCCCUGUAUUGAGGCGGAUGGUGUGGCUAUUAUUCUACCCCGUCGGAGGACGGGCUCUUAUGAAAUUCUCGAAGUGAUGGUUAUGCUGCGGUGUGAUGAUAUGGAGUCCUUAGAAGGAGAUGAUAAAUUUGGUGACCUCGAUGUACAAACACCAGCAGUUCUGUCUCAUUUGCAUGCGCUUUAG